UCCGUCUUCAGAGGGCAAGGCGGCUCGGGACGGCUAUAAUCCUCUGAUAAUCAUGGAGCCAUAUUUUGCUGGUUUUAAGCAUGUGCAGCAGGACUACGAAGUCACUCUAGAACUUGCAAGUGAGGAGACUCAGAAAGCUAAAAACGCACAAAAUUCUAGGACGGGAUCUUACGGUGUUAGUAUUAGAGUCCAAGGAAUAGAUGGCCAUCCUUACAUAGUACUAAACAACACAGAAGGAUGUUUGUCAGAAAAUCCUACUCCUGGAAAAGAACAGCAGGUCAUUUCUCAGGCUGUAAGCAAGCCAGGCACAGACUGCAAUACUGCUUUUAAGUUGGAGGACAAAACCAGUGAACACAUGAAGUUUCCUGCAACACAGGACAUGCAACCCUGUAUGGUUAAAAGCCUAAAGAUAACCAAUAUGGAUGAAAAGGAAAAUGGAAUAUCAGAUUUUAAAGAUGGAACAAUGAAAUCUUCCAAUCUGUUGAACUUUCAAAGACAUCCUGAACUUUUACAGCCUUAUGAUCCUGCAAAAAAUAGCUUGAACUUGGAUAAUUACCAGUCUUCUGUGUGCAGUACCUCUAAAUCUGUUGCAGAUGCAAAAACUGAAGCAAAGCCUUGGAUUUCCUCAUCUAAAGUAGUGUCUCUACAGAAAACCAGUACAUACCUUCCAGAUCCAGCCAAAGCAAAUUCAAAAAAGAUACCUUUCAACAGGUCAGUAGAAGUAGGAGACCAAAAUAAGCAGCCACUGGAUUGUCACAGGAGCACGAUCUGCCCAAAUGAAGUGUGUAUUUCAGAAUCAUUUCCAUCUGCAGGAGGAUCCCCAUGUGUUAGUCCCACUGCUUAUCUGGAGACAAGAAAACCUAGACCAGAUGUGCUUCCCUUCCGCAGACAAGAUUCAUCUGGACCACUAUUGGAUGACUCAAGAAGAUCCUCUUCCUCGUCCACUACUCCCACUUCUGCAAAUUCCUUGUACAGAUUUUUACUCGAUGACCAAGAGUAUGCCAUCUAUGCAGACAAUGUUAAUCGUCAUGAAAACAGAAGAUAUAUCCCAUUUUUGCCUGGAACCGGUCGUGAUAUUGAUACUGGUUCACUUCCAGGAGUAGAUCAGCUGAUUGAAAAAUUUGAUAAGAAACUUGAUCCUCACAGAAGAGGUAGGUCAGGAAAAAGGAAUAGAAUUCAUCCGGAUGAUCGUAAAAGAUCAAGAAGCGUUGAUAGUGCCCUGUCAUUAGGGCUUGAUGUAAAUUCAGGUUAUUUAGGUGACUUCAGUAAAAGCUUGGGUAAGUCAACUGAGCACUUGCUGAGAUCAUCUGAGGUUUGCCUUCACAAGCAAUUAUCUAAAGAACAAAAGUCACCUUCCAAAGAGAUGAAGAUUUCUGCUCGAAGUGUUGGAAAACUGCAAACGCCUGAUAAAGACACUGAGAACACCAAUUUCAAUUCUUUACAAUACCAUAAACAAAAUGGAGCUGAUAGUGAGAGCUUGAUGCUUAGAUCAUCUACACUCCCAGGACAGAAUAAGAGAGAGGAAGUUAGAACAGUAACUUCUACAUUGGUGUUGCCAAAUCGAAUUACAAUUCCGUCUGACUCAGGAGCCAAGAUUAUUUCUGUGAAAACAUUUUCAUCUGUCCCUAAUGUACAGGCAACUCCUGAUCUGUUAAAAGGCCAACAAGAUCUUGCACAGCAAACAAAUGAAGAGACUGCUAAACAGAUACUUUACAAUUACCUUAAGGAAGGAAGUGCUGAUAAUGACGACGCGACAAAGAGGAAAGUCAACUUGGUUUUUGAGAAAAUUCAGACAUUAAAGUCAAGAGCUGCUGGAAAGACGCAGACUUCGGAUUCUUCGGCUGAAGUAAAAGCUUUGACGGAGCAAAAAGUAGAACUUGAAAGGAAAGUGGAAGAAUUAGAGAAAAAACUGGAUCUAGAAAUUCAAAAUCAGCAGAAUUCCAAAGAGGAGAGAGAUGCUACACGAGCAAGCCUGAAAGAACUUCAGUUGCAACUCAAUGAAAGUAUAUGUGAAAAAGAAGCCUUAAAAAAGCAGCUGGAAGAAAAUGAGAAGGAACUCAGACAAAACCUGGAGGAGCUUUUUCAAGUGAAGAUGGAGCAGGAACAGCACCAGACUGAGAUCAGAGAUCUUCAAGACCAGCUCUCUGAGAUGCAUGAUGAACUGGAUAAUGCAAAACAUGCUGAUGAAGGGGAGAAAGAGGUUCUGCUUGAGGAGCUGAUGCAAAUGAAGCAGGAUCUGCAAGAAAUAUUAAUAGCAAAAGAUCAACAAGAAGAGAUUUUGAGAAAGAGGGAGAGAGAGCUUACAGCUUUAAAAGGAGCACUAAAAGAAGAAGUAUCUAGCCAUGACAUGGAGAUGGAUAAACUGAAAGAGCAACAUGAUAAAGAAUUGCACAAUCUACAGCAGAAGCUGGAGAAAGCAACAGAGAAUGCCGCAGUCCUUGCCAGUGAAAGAAACAGUGCGCAAGAGGUGCAAAACAGUAUGGAAAAUCAAGUCAAAGAGCUGACUGAGGAAAAUGAACAGCUGAAGAGAACAGUUGAUGAGCUAGAGAGUAAAAUUGAAGAGUUGCUCAAACAAAUUGAUAAUACGAAAGGAGAAGAAAAUUGCAUGAAGGAAAACAUAAAAAGAUAUGAGGAAGAGAAGCAACUACUAGAAGAAGCCUUGAAACAGGCUGAAAAGGAGACAAAAGACUUGGUAGUGCUAAAAAGAUCUUUGGAAAGCCAACUAGAAGAUAUGCAGAGAAACAUCCAUUGUCUCUCACAAGAGUCGCAACAGUUAACUCAACAGCUAAAAGAUGAAACUCAUCAGAAGGUACAGUUAAAGCAGAUAAAGAGCGAGAUGGAGACAGAACAAAGGCAACUGAACAAGACUAUUGAAAAGUUACAGGAAGAGAUGUCUGAAAUGGUGGAGGUCUCAAGAACAUCAACUCUGGAACUUCAGAACCAGCUGGAUGAAUACAAGGAGAAAAGUCGCAGGGAACUUGCAGAUGUGCAGAGACAAUUAAAAGAAAAAAACCUUGAGGUAGAAAAAUCACGUCUGACAACCAUGAGGAUGCAAGAUGAGAUGCGUCUUAUGGAAGAAAAUUUGAGGGACCACCAGCGAGCUCAGGAUGAGGCGAUAACUAAAACUCAGUUGCUAGAACAGACUGUGAAAAGCUUGGAGUAUGAACUAGAAGCCAAAAACCACUUAAAAGAUGAUCGGGCGAGACAAAUCAAACUAAUGGAGGACAAGUUAUCUCACCUGGAACUUGAGCUUGAUGAAGAAAAGACUAACUCAGAUUUGUUAUCUGAGAGGAUCAGUAGAUGCAGAGAACAGAUUGAACAAAUGAGAACAGAGCUACUUCAGGAAAGAGCUAUAAAGCAAGAUUUAGAGUGUGACAAAAUUUCAUUGGAAAGACAGAACAAAGACUUGAAGAGCCGAAUCCUUCACCUGGAGGGUUCUUACCGAUCCAGUAAAGAGGGACUUGUUGCUCAAAUGGAAGCAAGGAUCACAGAGCUAGAAGAACGACUUGAAAAUGAAGAGAGGGAUAGAGCUAAUUUCCAACUUAGUAAUCGCAGACUUGAGAGAAAAGUGAAGGAGUUAAUGUUGCAAGUGGAUGACGAACAUCUCUCAUUGACUGAUCAAAAGGACCAGUUGAGUUUGCGUUUGAAAGCGAUGAAACGUCAAGUUGAAGAAGCUGAAGAAGAAAUAGACAGACUGGAAAGUGCUAAAAAGAAACUCCAGAGAGAACUGGAAGAGCAACUAGACAUGAAUGAGCAAUUGCAAGGACAGCUUAAUGCUGUGAAGAAGGAAUUAAGACUAAAGAAGUCACCGAGUAAAGUGUUGGCUGAUUCUGAUGAUGAUGACGAUGAUGAUUUCAGCACGGAUGGGGAUAGUCUCUGUGAAGUACCUUCGGGAAGUAACUUUUCCAAAGACGAUGACACAAAAAUCUAAAUAAAUAUUGAAUCUGUGAUUCCUUGAAAGGACUGGAAGAAUAACAUAAAUUAUCAAGAGACUGGAUUUUAUAUAAGCCAAAUGACAUAAAGGGAUUUAAGAGUUGGGAAUAUAAUUUUUCCACUGUGCCAUUUUCUUAUUUAGAUCU